AUGGCUUCUGCUGCUUUUGAUCACUCUGGGGUUAAUCCCCUUAACCUCUCCUCUCGACGCAUCCAUAUGGAGGCGUUCUUCAAGCACCUUGGUGUCUGGGACAGCGCCAAGGUCAAGAAGAUUCGAGACAAGUGCGUUGAGAAGUAUUGCCAUUUCUUGGAUGAACAGGGCUAUACCACCAUUAAUCACGAGUACUUCGAGUACCAGGUGGAUAACCUUGUCUGGCAUAACGUUCUCAAAAUCGGUAAGGUUUCGACUGAGGCUAAUGAGUGGCCUUGGUUGGAGACCGUACCCGCAAAGCACGACUUGACGAUCCAGGUCUCUCUUGUCUAUAAAGACUGGCUCAGUCGCAAUUCGUCUGCCAAGGGGAAAGAAGAGGACAAUGAGCCCUCUCAACCCCAACAGCAUCAAGUCCCUGCUGCCCCGAUGACUGGAGAGUCAUCCAAGGCAACACAGGGCACCCGAUCCACUGCCGCGGGAGGCUCAAAGUCUUCUGUAGCAGCACAGUCCAACUCGAACCCGCGUCCUCCAGUCAUUAUCCGCUGUCCGGGUGGUGAGACCGUGUAUGCCAUGAGCGAAAGCGAAUGUGGCCAAGCUGCCUUUGAAGAUAUGCUGCCUGUCCCAGGCCGCCAGCGCGGAUUCAAAUUCGGCAGGGCUGAACGUGGUUCUGGUGAUUCCAACGCCUCACUUGGCAUCGGUAUCAGCGCAUUCGGAUCUCUCGCAGGUCAGCUCCUGCAUGUCCAUGAGGAUAUGGAAAAGCUCCAGAAACAGAAGGAGGAGAUCAUUGAGCAGAUCGAGUCCCGCGGUGGACACAUCGAAGAACCCAAGAAGUAG